UGUAUCUGCAAUUUCGGACAAUAUCCAGCACACGAAUCACUACCAAAGACACAUGCCAAUGCACCUGAGAACACUGACUUGCCCAGAGACACCAUGAAUCAUACAGUGGGUGCUGUCUUUGGUCUGGCAAAGCCCUUGCUGAAAUACUCUCCAGCACUGUACCGACAAGCAUCAACUGCUGUGUUUAAGGUGCAACAAGAAAAGUGUUUACUUGAUGCCAUCACUAAAGGAGACUGUGCUGCAUGUUGCUACAAAAAUGCUAUUAGAUAUUACAGUUUGAGAUCAAAUAGUUAUACAAAAGAGCACCAAAGAAAGAGACAUGUGCUAAUGUCCCUGAGGACACUGACCUCCCCAGCUCCUGGUGAUGCCUUGGGUGUGAAGGGAGAAUCUGAAGUAUCAGUUGCAGUGGUUGAGGAUGUUUCUCCUGCGAAACUUGAGGAAGGAGAAUGGAUAAAUGAAAUGCAGUGGGUAAAAAGUCAAGAAAGCAAUUCUGUCCUCCUACCACCCAAGGAUGUUUCAGACAUUGAUGUCCUGGCCCCUGAACUACGACCCACCUUCAACCUGGCUGCAUACGUCAACAAGUCUGCUACACUACAGCAGCUGGUGAAGCUUGGUGUAGACCUCAGCACUUGGGAUGCACGUAAAAAUGUCAACAGCUUCAUUCUGCCCCUGGAUUUUGAGAGAGACAUGAAGAAGUAUAUAGUGUUCCUGCAUGACUUAGGAAUUUUGGCUGAUGACCUUGGGAGAUGGCUGACUGUCAAUCCAUACAUCUUCCAGCAGAGCAUAGAUGACCUUGAGGCUAGAACCAAUUACCUAGAGUUUAUGAAGUUCAGUGAGGAAGACAUAGUUCGGAUCAUCUCAAAGAAUCCUUACUGGCUGCUGUUUAGCACUGUUCGAAUAGACAAGCGCUUGGGGAUCUUUCAGCAGUCUUUUGAACUGACUGACAAUGAAGUGCGCUAUUUGGCAACAAAACAGCCUCGGCUCAUCACGUACAAGUAUUCCAGUAUUAAGAUGACAACAUUCUCUGUGGUGGAAGAAAUGGGUUUUGAAAAGAGUGAAGUGAAGAGCCUGUUGCUUGCCAAGCCCAGGAUCUGGAUGGCAGGUAGAGAUGCUUUGAUGAGAAGAUUUGAUUUUGCUCACAACCACAUGGGCUUGUCACACCAGCAAAUAGUUCAGUUUCCUCACGUACUCCUAACAAGGGACUUCAGAAUGAGGCAGCGCCACGGCUUUCUCAAACUUCUUGGCCGUGACCAGUAUGACCCCUCCAAACCCAACUAUGUGUCCCCACUGGCUCUGGUGUCGGGCACAGAUGCUGAGUUUUGCCUCAGCCUUGCCAAAUCCUCAGUGCAAGCCUUUAAUGACUUUCUGAAAACAUUGUAGUAUUUUCAUUAUGUUUCUGCUUUACUGUAAGUGACUUGUAUCAAGAUAUUCUGUACACUGUAUAAUAAUGUACAUAUUUUUG